CCCAACAGGAGCUAAGCGAAACACAGACGUAUUAACGGGAACGCCAUGGAGUUUAACAAUCGUUUGCUAUUGAAGAUCAUUGAGCUGGGUAUUGCCAUCGCCUGUGUUGUGCUCUAUGAGGUUGUUGGAGAUCUAAGCAAGCGUCCGCUGAUUGUGUGCGGCACCAUUGUGGGCUACACAAUCAUCUGCGCCGUCCUGCUGAUCGGGCACUUCAUCAACUCGGUUGUGGAGAAGCGUCUCAAUGCGCUGCUCUCGCUGCUCGGCUGCAUUCUGUUCGUGGCCUCCGGUGCCUUGGUCAUUGAUGAGUGGCAUGAUGCCUACGAUUUCUUGAAGGAUCGCAAGCGCAACGCCCUCGCAGCUGGCUCCCUGAUGAUCAUCAAUGGCGCCGUCUUUCUAUUGGACAUGCUCUCCAUUUGCAGAACGUAAGCCCCAAAAGCAAACAAGGGGUAUCCAUGCAGAGAGCAACUGUCUCUCUGUCUCUCUCUACAAAUAUAUCUCUAAAUUUUUUUUUUAUUGUGAAUCGAAAUUCUCAUGGCUUCUGUGUGGGUCAUAAAAUGCGAAUAAUGAAUCUUGUGUAAACUAUAUACAUAUAU